GCAUCGUUGGCCAGGGCAGCUGGGCAGCUUUCACCAUGCAUCAGUCCCUGACUCAGCAGCGGUCCAGCGACAUGUCCCUGCCCGACUCUAUGGGAGCCUUCAAUCGGAGGAAACGAAACUCCAUAUAUGUCACCGUGACUUUGCUUAUUGUGUCCGUGUUAAUUCUCACCGUGGGCCUUGCUGCAACCACCAGGACCCAGAAUGUGACUGUUGGAGGUUAUUACCCGGGAGUUAUUCUCGGCUUUGGAUCAUUCCUUGGAAUCAUCGGAUCCAACCUUAUUGAGAACAAACGGCAGAUGCUGGUGGCUUCUAUUGUUUUUAUCAGCUUUGGUGUGAUUGCAGCCUUUUGUUGUGCCAUAGUCGAUGGGGUCUUUGCUGCCAGACACAUUGAUCUGAAACCACUCUACGCUAACCAGUGCCACUAUGUCCCCAAGACAUCCCAGAAGGAAGCUGAGGAGGUCAUAAGUUCCUCAACCAAAAAUUCUCCUUCCGCGAGGGUUAUGAGGAACCUUACCCAGGCAGCUAGAGAGGUGACCUGCCCUCACCUCAGCCGUGGAUUCUGCACACCUCGCAUCCGGGGAAACACCUGCUUCUGCUGUGACCUCUACAACUGUGGCAAUCGGGUGGAAAUCACUGGUGGGUACUAUGAAUACAUCGAUGUCAGCAGUUGCCAGGAUAUCAUCCACCUCUACCACCUGCUCUGGUCGGCCACCAUCCUCAACAUCGUUGGCCUGUUCCUGGGUAUCAUCACUGCCGCUGUCCUUGGAGGCUUUAAAGACAUGAACCCAACUCUCCCGGCACUGAACUGUUCUGUUGAGAAUGCCCAUCCAACUGUUUCUUAUUAUGCUCGUCCUCAAGUGGCAUCCUACAAUACCUACUACCAUAGCCCUCCUCACCUGCCACCAUAUUCUGCUUAUGACUUUCAGCAUUCUGGUGUCUUUCCACCCUCCCCUCCCUCUGGACUUUCUGAUGAGCCCCAGUCUGCCUCUCCUUCACCCAGCUACAUGUGGUCCUCCAGCGCACCACCUCGCUACUCUCCACCCUACUACCCGCCUUUUGAAAAGCCACCACCUUACAGCCCCUAAAGAGGAAUGCCUGCUGGCUAUCGGGAUUAUUGUGGCUUUUGUAUUUCUGCUUUAGUGGAAGUGUAUAGGGUACACAAUUUAAAGUGUGAUUCUUAUGCAUAGUUUCAGGUCUUACAACGGCCUGCCAGGCUAGGGAAAGAUAGCAAUGAAGCUUAUUCGUUAUGUGCCAAGCAAGGGUGGCUAGGCUGAACCCAGGACUUCCAUGAAGAACAGUGCACAUGCUGUACGCAAGGCUAGGGAGCCAGCCCAGCAAAAAGACUGUCAUGUUUGGACCUGCAUCACCCUAUGGCUCUGCCUCUGCAUUCAGCAGAAGAGUGGUUGCCAUCUGUUUCAUUUUGUGUAAAUGGAGUGUUGUCCUCAGGCCCUUGGCAGAUUGCCCCCCUAGUACUUUGGUUGAAGUACCUGGCUUAUAGGCCCUAUCUUUCCCUACCACUAAAGUUGGUUCCUAAGGAAAAUUUCCCAGAUGAUGGAGCUACACAGUAGUUCCAAUGCAGAGAGUUCUGACUGGGAUUUCGUUUGCUUGUGCCUGGAUGUUGAAAAAAGCUGCCCAUAUCUCUUUCUUCUUUGAGUAUUGUAAAAUGGCUGUCGUGAUCAUUCAGCUCAGCUUUUGCUAUUGGUACCUCCCAAAGGGAAAAGUGCAAUAUUCACUUGAGUGGCGGGAAGCAGGGUUGAUUGUUCCAGAAGCACUGAAAUACAGAGAGCAACAUGUGAGAUGUUUCACGAUCUGUUACGCAUCUGAUAACUUAGGAGACAGUGGUCCUACUACAUGUUGCAGUAUUACAAAACACAAUUGCUACAGACAUAAAUCUUAUGGUUAAAAUUCAGAAUUAAAAUGCUAGAUUAGGUUCUUGGGUCGUGACAUGAAUUGUUACUAAUCUUUGUGACUAUUUAAUCUUCAAAUAUUGUGCUUCAACCCCAGCAAACCGCACGUAUCCUGCACCCUACCCCAAAAGAAUCAUCUGUGUUUAAUGCCACUGCUCUUAUUGGUCCCUUUUUCUGUUGAGACCAAUCAUGAAAGUGUCCAAGACUGUGAAAGUGUUACAAUGCCGCUUUAAAUCUGCAAAACCUCAAAUGUAGCCAACUUGACAAAUUCUUGUGUUAUUGUAGAUUAAAAAUUCAUCUGGCACAUUGUGGUAGGUAUCUGUACAAUUCUUUUAAUUAGGCAUAGCUUGAAACCAUCGACCUGAUGGAUUUAACACUUUGGCACUCAUUACUUCACUUCAAAAUGAACACUUUCAUUGCAAUCUUAUGUUAACCUGAGGAUUGAUUUAAAGAAAGGUUGAUAAUCCUACACUUUAUCAUGUAAAAAUACAGGGGCUAUAGGAGGGUACCUAAUUAGACAGUUCUGCAAACAGAACACAUACUGGAAAAUUUUCCAGCCAAUUUAGCUACCUCCCAAUGUGAUGGAUUAGAGGUAGCAAGCAAAUGCUGGUGCUCCCAUCUACCUUGCAGACACCCAGCCAUCAAGAAUGAUCAAGGCACAACAAGUGCAUUCACUGUUCACAGUAAAUGUUUGCAAGACAUUCAGUUUAACUUUCAGCACCAUGAAUGAUGUCUCAUCUAGAUUUCAAAUAUGGAAAACUAUAAUCCUUUUGUGUUAUAUAAAAUUACUAUUAUUUUCUAUAAUUCUGAGCAUAUUAAAAUUCUAUUGGAUUUCAAAAAGGGACUAAUAACCAAUUGACUUACAAUACAAAUAUCAACUUGUAAUAAUGGAAAUUUUUGCUGUUUACACUGUAACUUUUGCUUUAGUGAAUAUUUAAUUUUUUUAAAGGCAUCAUUACACAGUAUAUCCUACAUUUAUCACAUUUCUUAAAGUGUUAAGAUUCUAUGACUCAUUUCUAUGGAUUUUUCUUACUUUACAAAAUAACUUGAAACAGUACAGAUUUUGUAACACUUAAUUUGAGCAGCUUCUUUUUUUAUUACAUCAAAUUAUAUGAAGUGCAUGUUACCUUAGAAAGAUUAAUAUUUGCUGCUUUACUCUUUUGCAAAACAUUUGCUGUAAUGAAGGAAUUUGUAUUUCCAAUAUGUACCUUGACUGUAUUUUGUAAUCUUGACUGCUUUAUUCCUAAUUCUGCUUUAAAGUAUCGAACUGGGCAUGAAAUAUUAAAAUAUUAAUCCAGAACCUA